AUGUGUACAGAAAAAGUCGGCCCUAUAUACUUGAUUUAAAGCAGAAGGAGACAGAUACUAGCUGCAAUUAGCAACAGUGUUUCUUUUUAUGAGUUUUAGCUCUUCCUAUCCUAUCUCUUCCCAGGUCUUCUAUGGCAUUGAUUGGAUAGACACAUACCAGCUUUCACAGUGCAAGGGAAUAGGGUUCCCCAAACCUCUUAAAAGCACCCUAGCAUGAGAGCAAUUGAAAUAAACCAGACAAAAUUCUGACUGCAUCUUUCACAAGAAGUGCAAACUGUCAAUGCCUGGUGAUGACCGAGAAAUACAGACCACACUGUGCAAUAAUGCAGUUGGUAUAUCUUUAAACUGGAGGGAUCGCUACCAGUUAAUACGGCAGAAGUACAGAUUUUACAAAACUCUUUUCUGGAGCCCUGGAAUGGAGAUGGUUAAUGGCCUCAAGCUGCCAAAGAGUAGGAUUGGGAUGUGAAUUUCCUCAUGCUUCACUUCCAGAUGAGACGGGUACAGCUUGUUUAGUAGGGGACUACUCACACAAUAAAGGAGAUGGACAGGAGCUUGGGCCAGGUACUGCCCAAUGUUCCUUCUGCCUAAAGCACCUCCUGCCCAUUCUUCCAUUGUCACUGCCUCCUAGGGAAGGUGUGAUCAAAAAGAAAACUUUAAAGGGAAUUCGGCCCAGUUUUUUCACACACACAGAUUCCUUUUUAACAUUUUAUAGUUUAAUAAUGAGUCAGGCCACUUUAAUGCUACUUAUGGCAGAGACUGAAACGCUUCCAUUAUUUUCACAGUGACCUCUGCAGUGUUUAAGCAAAAUCACUUCCGGAAUGUAUGCCAGUUAGAUGUGCUGACCUAUUGCUAUUAAGUCAUUUGAGGUCACUGUUAAAUUUGUGUUAAAGUGCAAGUUUGAAGCUGGGAUAUGUAUUGAUUUUGGUUGUCUGUUGGAGACAGGCUUUCACUUCUAUCAACGGUGUUGUAUGAAGAUGGAAAGGAAUGUAAAAGUCUGUCCUCUUAAAUUAUGGAAACAAAAAGUUAGGGUUUUGGGUGGAGGGAGUGUGUCCUGUUCCAACCUUACCUGCUACUAAACAUAGUUCUUGUUCGCUAAUCUAGUUUUCAUCCUUUCCAUUGAAUGGAGAGCAUUGAGCUUGUUUGCCAGAUUAGAAAUAGAAUCAUUUUGUUGUUCAUGAUUAAAAUUUGUAGCAUAUCAAGCCCUGUUUCUUACAGACAAACCGAACAGUGGUGGAGAAGUGAUUGAAAAGCUGGCUCACAAGUGUUGGGGGAUAGCAUUUUUUCGUGACUUCUUUGCAAAGGAGGGAAUCACAAGUCAGGAGGAGGCAGUCACUAUGAAGAUCCCAGGGGCGUUGGUGGCUUUGUUGCUCCUGGGGGAAGCGGUGUCUCAAAGCAAACGUAAUUCCAAAGCUCACGUGAAGACUCCUGCCCAGAAUCGAAAGGGCCCUAACCCAAGUGGGGAACUGGAGCACACUGCUGCUGAGGAAGAUGUCUUUGUGGGAGUUCUUCCUCCUAUGGAAGAUGCCUUGGCAUCACAGCUCAGAAGUGCCUCACUCACUCCUUGGCAUGCUCAGAAGGCACCUGAGGACAUGAAACUUUUCUUUCUGAAGAACCCCCUGGUCACCUGCAAUGAUGGGACAACAGCUGGGUAUUACUUAAGGGAGCACAAAGGGAGCAAGAGAUGGAUAAUAUUCUUAGAAGGUGGCUGGUGCUGUUAUAAUAAAGAAACAUGUGAUACCAGAUAUAAAAAUAUCUGUCGCUUAAUGAGCUCAUCUGAGUGGCCUCAAACAAAGAAAGGGACAGGCAUUUUGUCUUCCCAGAUGGAGGAGAGCCCUCACUGGUGGAAUGCCAAUGCAGUGUUUGUGCCUUACUGCUCGAGUGAUAUCUGGAGUGGAACUUUGCCCAAGUCACGGCAAGCAGACUAUGCCUUCAUGGGAUCGCUAAUUAUCCAGGAGGUGAUUAAAGACCUGGUUCCUAAGGGAAUUAAGCAAGCUAAAGUGGUCCUGCUUGCUGGGGAAAGUGCUGGUGGGACUGGUGUGUUACUGAACCUGGAGAGGGUGGCAGCCCUUCUGGAGGAGCUGGAAGCUGAGGCAGUCCAGGUCAGAGGACUUGUUGACUCUGGCUGGUUCCUGGACAUUAAACAUCCAAGACAAUCUAACUGUUCAGAUGCUGCCUCUUGUGCCCCACUGGGUGCAAUCAAGAAAGGACUCAGGAUGUGGAAUGGAAUCCUUCCAGAAAAAUGUAAACAGCAGUUCAAGAGAGUUAACAAGUGGCAGUGCUUCCUUGGAUAUAGAUUGUAUUCGUCCUUGCAAUCUCCAGUUUUUGUGGUUCAGUGGCUGUUUGAUGAGGAACAGCUGAAAUUAGAAAAUAUCCAUCUUGGAAGUCAGUUCCUAACGGAAAAUCAAUGGAACUACCUACAAAACCUUGGGCGAGAACUUAGGAACUCAUUACGUGUUGUCCCAGCUGUGUUUGCCCCUGCAUGUCUGUCUCACAUGCUGAUUACAAAAAGUUACUGGCUGGAAUUUCAAGUAAAGGGCAUUUCUUUGGCCAGAGCCUUGCAGUGCUGGGAGAAGAGCCUUCAAGACAGCAAUAAAGCCCCAAAGAUCCCCAUGAGAAGUUGUCCCUUCCAUCUGAUUGAUAACUGUCCAUGGCCCCAUUGCAACCCCAUCUGCUCAGUUCUGCAUGACCACGGCACAGGCCAAGAAGUGAACUUCAUGCAGACUUUAUUCAGGAUGAGGCUUGAUGUCCACAGGAAAGCUCAGGAGCUCAAAUCAGGCCCCAGUCAACUGGCAAUGCUCAGUAAUGGUGGCUAAUGCAUAAUCCAUGUGGGUUAAUUGUAGCUUAGUGUCAAACAAUGCUGAGGUUGAGCAAAAGUCAAGGGUUUCCGUAGAGUUUAGGCACCUAUUGGGAUGUUAUGGUUGUAA